AUGGAUUUCAACUUAUCGACGUAUUUCAAUGCGUUUGACAUUGAUAAAGACUACGAAUUAGAUGUGUCCGAUAUAGAUUCCAAGUUGGAAGGUGUGACUAACUUGUUGGCAGAUAACCCUGAUUCAAUCAACCUUAAUCCUGAGUUAUUCGAAGACUUGGUUGAAUUAGUUCAUGGAUUCAAACAUCUAGAAGGAAAUCAUCAAAAGCAGUUGGCCUACUUAUUGACGUCUUCAUUCAACUCUAUUGGGCAUCUUUAUAGUGGUAUAAUAGAGAGUGGAGAUUAUGUUGAUAACUUGGAAUUUUACAAAGGCACUCUUGAAAGAUAUGGAUAUCUUGUAUUUGUAUUGGCUAAACAUCUAGGUAAAGAGGAAUUUACAAAAUCUAAUGGAAAGUUCAGAAAUCCUGAAAUGGCCUUAAGAUGGAAAUCAAAUUGUGUUCAAGUUGAAGAUUGUUUAACAUCCAUAGUGUCAGUAUUAAAGAUAGAUCUCUCUAAGAUAUUUAUAACGUCUCCUGAACGUGAUCUGUUUGUUGAAUUAUUCACUCGUCCAAUCAUGAAUUUAAUGGAAAGUCCAGAUAGAAUGAAAGUUACUUCAAUUAAAUUACUUAUAUUUAAAACUAUUGCCAUCGCAGUAAGAAAUCAUGGUCAUGCUACCAUCAUACAACAUAAUAUUAUCCAAUGUUUGACAUAUUAUAUCCAUUUACCAAUAUAUAUGGCAGAAUUGCUUCAUAUAGUGGCAACAGAAUACGACUACUUACUCUUAACUGAGGAAGUAUUAAGAGAAAUAUCCCAAACCCUGUUUAACUCAAAUGACACAAAUGGUCCUAAAACAGUUUCAGAAUUUCUUAUUAGACUUUCUGAACUUAGUCCAAGAUUAAUAUUGAAACAGAUGUCUUACAUUGCUCAACUUUUGGAUAAUAGUAAUCAAUCGCUUAGAUGUUCUGUUGUUGAAACUUGUGGUAAUAUCGUAGUUGAUAUACUUAAAAAUAAAGCAGAUGAAGAAAUCGAUGAACAUGCUAACAAUGGUGUUGAAGGUUUGUUGGAUUUAUUACAAGCAAGAGUUUUAGAUCAAAAUCCAUAUGUUAGAACCAAAGCUUUUCAAGCUUUGACUAAGGUAUUAGCAUUAAACAUAAGGAUGUCAGCUAGAAGACAAAAAAUGAUUGCUAUUGCUGUUAGAUCUUUAGAUGAUAGAAGUACCUUGGUUCGUCGUAAUACCAUUAAGUUUAUGUCCAAAUUGAUCUUAACCCAUCAAUUUACUGCAGCAAAUGGUUCUAGAUUAUCAUAUUCAUUGUGGAAGAAAAGUUUAGAUGAAUCAGAAGCAGAAUUGUUGAAAUAUUUACCAUUGUCUCCAAAGAAAAAGAAAAGAAAGCCUAUACUUGAAGAUGGUAACGUUGACAAAGAGAAUGUAGAUGAAGGAGAAGAUGAAGAAGAUGAUGAUGAUGUUAAUGAUUACGAUGAUGUCGAUGAAGAGGAAUUACAAGCUGCUAUGGAAGAACAAGAACAUAACCUCCCAGAUACUACAGUUUUAUUUCGUGCUAAACUUAAAGCCAAUUAUUUCAAAGACGCAGUUGAUUUCAUUGAAGCAGUCCAAAUAGGUACUCAGAUUGUUUCUAAACUUUUAUUCUCCAAAAACAGAAAUGAAGCAAUUGAUUCCAUGGAUUUUUUGGUACUUGCGGAUGCGUAUGGUGUAGAAACAUCUGAAGAAGGUAUAAGAAGGAUGCUUCAUUUAGUUUGGCUGAAAGGGUCGUCAGAUGAAGGUAAAUCUGUUCCAUCUCAUUUAAUUGAUUGUUAUACCAAUUUAUUUUUAACAGCCCCUAAGGAUAUUUCUCGUUUGGAGCAAACUAUAAUUAUUUCUAAGAAUUUAAUUGGAUUAACUCUAAAGGCUUCAUUAGCUGAUUUAGCUUCCUUGGAGAAGCUUUUGGGUAUGAUGUAUGAACAAGAUUUAAUUAACCAAGAUGUUGUUAAAGUCUUAUGGCAAGUGUAUAAUACUGAAUCACUUGUUGAUGAAUCUCAGACUAAGCAAAGAUUAGGUUCCAUUAUAAUAUUGGGAAUGCUUGCUGCGGCUGACCAUUCAGUUGCUCUUAAGGGUCUUGAUUCAUUGCUUAGCAUUGGUCUUGGGGAUGAGGGUAAGAAUGACCUUACCUUAGCUAAAUACACGUGUAUUGCUCUUCAAAGAUUAGUACCUUCCGAUCAACUGAAACUGAUAUCAAGAGAAGAUGAAUUUCAUGACAAAUUGAUAUCUGUUCUCUUAAGGUAUAGCGAAGUACCUGAAUGGUUUGCUGUUGCUGAACAAGGUAUAGCGGCUUUAUAUCAAGUGUCAUCUAAGCCAGAAACAAUUUGUUCAGAACUUAUAAAAGAAAAAGCUAUUGCGGUCUUUAAUAAUUCUUUGGAAAAUGAAAACCAAGCUACAUCAUUAUCUCAAUUAUUAUUUAUAGUUGGUCAUAUUGCCAUUAAAACUAUCGUUCAUCUUGAAAAACUUGAAGGUAAGUUUAAAAAGAAAAAGCACGAUGCUGAAACCAAGAAAUCGAACUCCAAAGAUGAUGAAGAUAAUGCGGAUGAGUUGGAGAUGAUUGGUGGUACUUCUGAAGACGACUUUACUGAUGCUGUAAGUCAUGUUAAAGAAAGGGAAUUACUCUAUGGAGAAGGAUCUCUACUUGCUAGAUUUGGUCCACUUGUAAAAGAAAUUUGUGCCAAUAAUCAUAAUUAUAACAAUAGUAUACUACAGCGUUCAGCCGUUUUAUGUAUGGCCAAGUUCAUGUGUGUUUCAUCUGUAUACUGUGAACAAAACUUGCCUUUGUUAAUAACGAUCAUGGAAAAGUCUGAAGAUCCAAUUAUAAGAUGUAACUGUGUAUUAGCCUUAGGUGAUAUGGCUGUUUGUUUCAAUAAUAUUGUUGAUGAAAGUACUGAUUUCAUUUAUCGUCGUCUUACUGACGAAAGUAUGAUGGUUCAAAGGACGUGUCUUAUGACUAUUACAUUCUUGAUUUUAGCUGGUCAAGUUAAAGUUAAAGGUCAAUUAUCAUCUAUGGCAAAAUGUCUUGAAAAUCCAGAUCAAGGUAUUAGUGAUAUGUGUAAAUUAUUUUUUGCUGAGUUAGCAACUAAAGAUAAUGCUAUUUAUAAUGGAUUUAUUGAUAUUUUCAGUGGAUUGUCGAAUGAUGAUACUUUAACCAAGGAUUCAAUGAAGAGAAUCUUAAAAUUCUUACUUUCAUUUAUUGAUAAAGAAAAACAACAGAAACAAUUAUCAGAUAAAUUAUUAGUGAGACUUACUAAAUGUCAAACUGAAACACAAUGGAAUGAUGUUGCAUUUGUAUUAUCUACGAUACCUUACAAAAAUGAAGCCAUUACUGCUGCAUUGGAUGAAGGUUUCAAAUUGGUUCUGGCAAGAACCUAG